AUGCUUGACAAGCUGCGUUGGGACAUCAAAAUGAGGGAGAGGGCAAUUGCAGAGCUGGAAAGAGCAACACAGGAAGAAGUAAAUGAAAAAAAGGAGGAUAGUUGGAGCAAUUUGAGUGAGAUUUAUAGAAAUCAUCUCUCGGAGGUUUCACAGCUGAACGUAAAGAUAAAGCAGCUUCGUGAGGCCAUCAAAGCAGAAGGGGCAGAGACAGUCGAAGGCACUGGGACUGAUGUGGCAGAGCUGGGGACUCAGACCGAUGUAGAGUUCAUAGAUAAAGGGACUCAGAAAGAGGCAGGGACUCAGACAGAGAUUGGGUUUGUAGAGAUUGGGACUCAGACAGACGUAGCAUCUGCUGAGCGAGGGACUCAGACAGACCCAGCCCUCUCAGAGACUCUCUCAGAGAAUCAUCCGGAUGGAGACGGAACACAGGGCCUCCCCACUUCAGUCCACCUGCAGGAACACGAAAACUCUCACUCUCAGGGAACGCCUUGA